AUGAACAUUCCACAGAUCUCAACUAACAAGCAGGUACAGAUCGAUUAUGAACAGCUCGCCAACUUGGCCGGUAUCACAAAGGCCAGUGCUCGCACCAUGUACCCCAAGGCCAAGAAGAAGCUUGCUGCCUUCCAAGCAGCAUGUCCUGUUAUGGCUGCUGCUGAUACCACUGGUACCGAUCCCGACACCCCAGUUCUGGCCGAGAAGUCCGCCGGGCCGCGCCGAUACAAGAGACGUAAAGUCACCAAAGCGACCACUGCCGAUAUGAACUUGUCCCACACCCAACGUGACAUCGGCGACGCUGAGCUCAGUGAGGCCCUGAAAACUGCUGUGGAGGGAAUUGAAGUCACGGAGGCCGCCGAGCUUGUCACCGAUGACGAGAUCUAA